GUGCCACUUAACAAGCAACAUCUCAGCAUCUUUAACAAAUUUGAGCAAAGGGAAUCUAUUUCUUGCUGGUGGUGCAAACCAGGGAUGUCUCCCAUUCUGUGGUUAAGGGGUGCUGCCAGUCAAAAUGGGAGCCAGGUUGACUGCAGUGAAUUUAAGAAUGUAGAGAGAGGUAAAGAGACCUACUGUGCAAAGAUCUACCAACCUUAUUGUGGCUCUGAUGGCAAAACAUAUACAAACAAGUGUUCCUUUUGUGCAGCAGUCACGAAAAGUAAUGGGACACUGCGUCUGAAGAAAACCGGUGAAUGUUGAAUGAAUCCCCAUUGUAUCUGAGUCUGAAAUUCC